GCACAAUUUGAAAUAUUUUGAAAGACUUUCGAUCUUAGAGAGAACUUGGGCUCUAGGUUGGCAUGCUAUCUGUAAGUAGUCAAAGGUUUUUUUUGUCAGUAUCUGCUUCCCAUUUUUCACUGUCUGAAGUAAGGGUUCUUAAAGACAUCAUAAUGUCAGAAAGUGUCCUUUCUAUGUCUCUCCUUAUAUACUCCUUAAGUCUUUUGCUCACAAUCAGAGGAACUCAGUCAGACUAUCUGGAGUUCCACAUUGCUGCAUUUCCUGUUCAGUUGCAAAUGCUCACAAUCCCAAAGUAAAUGAAGACAAAUUAGUUUUACAGUUUCAACUGUCUUUGAUUAACACACAUCAGAUGUGGAUGUACCGCAUCAAAACACCUUACAGUGAAGAUAAUGGCCCACUGUCUAGAAAUAUAAUGACAGUUCAAAGAACAUUUCAAUAGGCAAAACAUUGUGUAGUUUCUUUCCUCAAGUGAUUUAAUGAGACAGUGUGUCGACUGCUACCUCAAAACUACUUGUUGUCGUUGUUCUUUUUAACAGUCUCUUUCAGACACGUAGACAAAAAACAUAUGAUUGAUACCACAAACAUGAUGGCUCACUCCACCUCUUAAGGGGAGUGCUUUAUGUGUAAAAUGGUGGAGAGAGAGAAGAUGGGAUAAAUGACUGUCACUAUGACAGUCUGAGUGUCUGAGUGCUGUUGAGUCAUGCAGAGCGAAGGGCACAGAGCUCGCAGACCACAGGAUCCUCACACCCAGCUCAGACCAGAGCAGCAUAGCACCAGCGUAAUGGACACACUACUUCUCUGCACCAUCCUUAGCCUUCUGCUGACACGCACUGCAGCUUCCACUGCUCUUGAUGACGGCUGGUCCAUGAUAAUGCCCACUGAGAUGAGGGCCAUCGAGGGCUACCCCGUGGUGCUGCCCUGCUCCUUCACCCACCCGCACCACUCGCACCACUCCUCCAUCCAGGUGGUGUGGCGGCUGGGCCACGGCACCAGCUCCACCGUCCUCUUCCUGUGUACCAGCCUGAAUGACAGCCACCGUUGCCAGGCCAGGGCCAGCCAGGACCAGCGCUACCGCCUGGAGGGGAACCCGCGGGAGCACGACCUCUCGCUGCGCAUCAGCAGCGUCGCUCUGCAGGACGGCGGGCGCUACUACUGCCGCCUGGAGGUGCCAGGGCACCCGCCUGCCAUCUUUGAGAAUAAAAUGGGCACGCGACUUCGAGUUGAAGCUGCGCCUCGCAUCCUAGGUUUGUCGGUGGUGCCCAGUGAGGUGUCUGGGUACAAAGCUCUGUGCCGUGUUCAAGGAUCCCCCUUACCUGACGUCCAGUGGGUGGGACCAGAGGAUGUUCUAGAGGGAGCACCAGCGUACCCCCUCCUGCAGGAAGCCCCAAACCAACACCUGACCUUCAGCCAGCUCCAGGACGUCCAGGCUGGUGGACAGUACACAUGUGCAGCCUCUAACCCACUGGGAAAGGACCAGGCCACCCUGUUUAUACUGCCCUCUGCUUACGUGGAGUCCAGCCUGGAGACGAGCCCCUCGCCCCUGCUGCUGUUCUUCUCUUUCUCCCUGGGCGCCAAGGUGGCUCUACUCCUGGGAGUGGCUGUGUGGGUGGCUAAGGGACACCUCGGAUCAUGGCUCUGCUGCAUGACCAAUUGAGACACAUGUAUAUUUAAAGACACAUGUGAAUGCAUGCCCACCCUACCUCCCCUAAUCACAAACUCAAUCUCCCUCUCUCUGUCAUGCACACAGGCACAUCUACUGCUCAAAUGGCUGCAUGGUACUGGUGAUGACUUCCAAGGAAUUUUUUCCAUUUUUUUUUUGAAGAUGCUAUAUAUUCAAUUUUCCACUUACAGGUAACAAUAAAUCUAGAUUCUAACAUUAUAACACAGGAAUUCUAAUGUAACGUUUUUUGUUAAAAACAUGGAUUACCCUUUUAGCUAAUAUUGUACUUCCUCUAUGUCGUAAAAACAAACAAUACAAAUAAACCCAAACACAUGACAUCCUUUCCACUUCCUGUUCCUCUUCUAUAAACUGCCGUGGUGCAGAAGAGACGAGUGAUUCACUUCUGUCACUUCUUAUCCUCAUGAUACGGCAUGGAGUCAAACUAAUCUAUCAAAAUCUACUUUUUAUUUUGUUGUGAAAAGCCAUUGUUAUGCUAUAACUUCAGGAAACUCUGUGUUUUCUGUGUGUGAAU